AUGUCUCCAGCCCUGGCCGGGCCCCGCUCCUCAGCUCCGCGGUCCCGGCGCCCGCCGCCCCUGGCCGAAGAAGCCAGUACCCGCCCGCCGCCGCCUCUUCUGCCAGCGCCGCGGCGUCUCUCUAGCGCUCCAAGCUGCGUCCCCAUCCCCGCCCCCACCUCAGCUGUGGUUCCUCCGACGAGUCAGGUGACGGCGGCGGACAAACCCGGACGAGCCUCCCGGAGCGCCUCGCGGCCCCCUCCCAGCUACUCACACACACCGCCCCCCGGGGCCGCGAGCUUAAAGACGUGGGGGCGCCACGCGCAAGCAUCCUCAGCAAGCGGGAGGGGAGAAGAAGGAGGCGGAGAGGAGGGGAGGCCGACACCCACCCAGUCAGCCGCCCUCCGCCUGUGCCCGGCCGCCCCUCCGCCGCUGGCUCCGCACUCCGCACGCACUGGGAGCGCGCACCCGGCACACCUGUCCGCGGACUGCAAGGGGCGCCCUGGGCCGCGAGGGCGUUGGCCAAGGCGGGCAAGUGGGCUUCUCGGGUUCUACUCGGUGAAGGCCAAGGCAAGGGCGUCGUCGUGCGCUGCCUGGCGAAGCCCAGCCCCUUCUCCCCCACACUGCCGCGGACACGCCCGCCUGCCAAAGGCGACCGAGGCCCAGAUGAACAGGGCGAUCUUACAUGUCAGAUCCUACCGGCCAGCCGCGACCGUUACCUGUGCGUCCUUAGCUGCUCAGGCUCCUCCGCUUGUCUCAGUUACCUGGGAUUCCGGGUGGGCAGGAUUUCUCUCCUCAAGUAUUCCUGGGAAUCCUUAGAGAAUGCUACCACAUCCCUCUAACCCAUCGUGGUGGCCAAUCUGCCAUACAG